CUCCCCGCGGUGUGACGUGCUGGCGCACGCGCGGCUCUGUCCCCGCCCCCCGGGCAGUUCCCGUAGUGUGGUUGCGGAGGCCAGGAUGGCGGUCAGGCGUGUUCCGUGGCUGCUCCUUGUUACCGGCUUCCUGGCCGCGGUGCUCAGCGGGGUGUCGGCGGACGGCAGCGGCCUGCCCAGCAAGAAGCUGAGGAUGCAGUACACCGCCGGCCCGCUGCUCAAAUUCCAGAUCUGGUGGGUGAGGCCGGGAGCCACCAUCACCACCACCUGCAGCCAGCCAGCCAGCCAGCCCGGGCCUAGCCACGGGGUCAGGGGUGGGCUAUAUUAAAGGCCGGACUGGGGGUCCCUGGCACCAUCACAUCAUAUAUCAUUAUAUCAUAUCACACUAUAUUACAUUACAGAUACAGUGCAGCCCUGGCAGUGGGUUUAGGGGGCAGGUUGCAGUGGAGCCCUGGCUGUGGGUUUAGGGGGCAGGUUGCAGUGGAGCCCUGGCUGUGGGUUUAGGGGGCAGGUUGCUGUGGAGCCCUGGCUGUGGGUUUAGGGGGCAGGUUGCUGUGGAGCCCUGGCUGUGGGUUUAGGGGGCAGGUUGCUGUGGAGCCCUGGCUGUGGGUUUAGGGGGCAGGUUGCUGUGGAGCCCUGGCUGUGGGUUUAGGGGGCAGGUUGCAGUGGAGCCCUGGCAGUGGGUUUAGGGGGCAGGUUGCAGUGGGAGCCCGGGCUGUGGGUUUAGGGGGGCAGGCCGCUGCAGCCCUGGUUGUGCCUAGGGGGCAGGUUGCCGUGGGAGCCCCUGGCUGUGGGUUUAGGGGGCAGGUUGCUGUGGAGCCCUUGGCUGUGGGUUUGUGGGCAGGUUGCUGUGAGCCCCUGGCUGUGGGGUUUAGGGGCAGGUUGCUGUGAACCCUUGGCUGUGGGUUUAGGGGCAGGCUGCUGUGGGAGCCCUGGCUGGUUUAGGGGCAGGCUGCAGGAGCCCUGGCUGUGAGUUUAGGGGCAGGUUGCAGUGGAGCCUGGCUGUGGGUUUAGGGGGCAGGUUGCAGUGGAGCCCUGGCUGUGGGUUUAGGGGGCAGGUUGCAGUGGAGCCCUGGCUGUGGGUUUAGGGGGCAGGUUGCAGUGGAGCCCUGGCUGUGGGUUUAGGGGGCAGGUUGCAGUGGAGCCCUGGCUGUGGGUUUAGGGGGCAGGCUGCAGUGGAGCCCUGGCUGUGGGUUUAGGGGGCAGGCUGCAGUGGAGCCCUGGCUGUGGGUUUAGGGGGCAGGUUGCAGUGGAGCCCUGGCUGUGGGUUUAGGGGGCAGGUUGCAGUGGAGCCCUGGCUGUGGGUUUAGGGGGCAGGUUGCAGUGGAGCCCUGGCUGUGGGUUUAGGGGGCAGGUUGCAGUGGAGCCCUGGCUGUGGGUUUAGGGGGCAGGUUGCAGUGGAGCCCUGGCUGUGGGUUUAGGGGGCAGGUUGGAGUGGAGCCCUGGCAGUGGGUUUAGGGGGCAGCUUGCAGUGGAGCCCUGGCUGUGGGUUUAGGGGGCAGGUUGCAGUGGAGCCCUGGCUGUGGGUUUAGGGGGCAGGUUGCAGUGGAGCCCUGGCUGUGGGUUUAGGGGGCAGGUUGCAGUGGAGCCCUGGCUGUGGGUUUAGGGGGCAGGUUGCAGUGGAGCCCUGGCUGUGGGUUUAGGGGGCAGGCUGCAGUGGAGCCCUGGCUGUGGGUUUAGGGGGCAGGCUGCAGUGGUGCCCUGGCUGUGGGUUUAGGGGGCAGGUUGCAGUGGAGCCCUGGCUGUGGGUUUAGGGGGCAGGUUGCAGUGGAGCCCUGGCUGUGGGUUUAGGGGGCAGCUUGCAGUGGAGCCCUGGCUGUGGGUUUAGGGGGCAGGUUGCAGUGGAGCCCUGGCUGUGGGUUUAGGGGGCAGGUUGCAGUGGAGCCCUGGCUGUGGAUUCAGGGGGCAGGUUGCAGUGGAGCUCUGGCCCAGUGGUUUCUACAUGUUACAAUGCAAGUAUUUGGCUUGCACGGCAUAAUGCAUGUUAUAGUGUUACUGUGUUAAAAUCUACUGAACUACUAGGCUGGGUCAAGUCAUUUAUACUAAAGCAGGGUAAGGUAACAGUAGUUUUGUGUGGAAUAAACCAACAAUGUAGAAGCGAUACCUUGUAAUCAGUAGCUAAAUGGGGAUUUCUUGUAAGCUUUCAGAACACUAAUGUGCAUCUACCCCCUUAAACCUGCCUUCCUUCUUCCUAUUAUUUCCUCUUAUCUUUCAGAAUGUUAUUCAUUUCUGAUCUAUUUCUUUUUAAAACAUAAUACAAAUACUACUUUGUCUUCUGUAUUUUUUCCUACUUUCUUGACACAAAAUCCACUAUCUUGACAAAGGAGGUGGGGCUUGUCUUAUGCCUUAAGUUUUUUUAAAAAUUGUAAAGUGUGUGUGUUUAUAUAUGUUGUGUGUACAUAUACACACAUAUACUGUAUACAUAAGAGGGGGGUGGUUAAGGUAUCAAAGCUUCAAUUUAUACAAUAAACUUUCUUCCCUGAAGAUUUUUGCUGUAUAAACUGUUCUAUUGCGUAUAUUACAAUGUAUUUACUGCAUCAUUGUGUAAUACCUGCUAAAUGUUGCUCUACGUCACAGCUUUUUGGCAUUAAAGUGUAAGUAUAUGUAAUCAUUCAUACCAUAUGCAGAUGCUCAGACUUCCUUUUCUAUGUUGCAAAGUCAUGUCAUGCGACAUGCAUGUAAACUGUGUGCUUUUUGAUAAAGAAGCCUUUGUGCAUCUAAGUGAUGUUGAUAGCCCCCACUUUGUUCAUUGUUGGGAUGUAUUGUGCUGGGGCAGGGAGAUGGAUGUGUUUUGAUCAGGGACUUGUAGGCCUGUUUCAUUGUUUCAUUUCCCUUUCACCCACUGUGCUAUUCCUGCUUUGACCAAAGGUCACAAUUUCUGAGGCCUCCAGUCACUGCAGUCCAUUUAAAAAAAAAAAUAAUUUUUCUUUUCUAUAAUCCCUAAACAUAGAACAUCUUAUUUUAUGGUAUGCUACUAGCUUCAAAUUCCCUUGUUAUAUAUUAUGUAUUGAUAUGACAUUACAUAAUAUUCAAUUACUUAAAGUGAGCUAGAGAAUGGAAAUGGCACACCCCAUAACUAAUUUUUACUUGGCUUCUUAGUUGCCGUUUGUGACCGUAUUAAGAUGAUGGUUGCUGUCAGAAACUUCCCUUUUUUUUUUUUUUUUGUCCCUUGGGUAAUUUUCCAUCCGUCAUUGUGUACCUUUUUCUCAUGACAUGAAAAUGGAUUUGUGGCAAAUAUGACUGCAUAAAGAGGCCUUGUAUAGUAGACCGCACCUGUCAAUUAAGUCUGCUGCGAAGCUUAGCUUUAGUGUGUCUUAAUAAUGUCAUAUCAGUUCACACUAGUUUAGAUCUUGAUUAUUCCUGCUCUUGCUGGUCAGUGCUGUUUACAAUAUUGUUUAGCUUGGUGCCAUAAAAGGUGAAUUUUAAUCUUGACUAUCAGUUAUCUGCUGUGCUUGUCUGUUUAGGCAGUGAGCGUGUGACAUACAAAUUCCUUUUCUGUAUUGCAGACUCAAGUACGAUUUAAAAAAAUAUUAAAUUUUUUUUUUAUUUCUGCCGUUAUAUAAUUGUUCCUGGCCUUAGUGAGCACAAUACUUGGCUUAUCUAAAGUUUGUGUAAUUUUCGUAUUCAUCUGUGUUUCCAGAAGAUUUAACUGCGUGCUAAAAUCAAAUUUUUUUUUUUUUCCCCCUCUAGUGUUUCCUGAGGGUACAGGCGGGUGUUUGAGGAGUACAUGCGGGUUAUAAGCCAGCGGUACCCAGACAUCCGCAUCGAGGGGGAGAAUUACCUUCCUCAACCCUUAUAUAGGUAAGUUUAAUGUUUUUUCAUUUAUAUGUGGUAUUAUGGGAUUUGCAAUCCAAACCACUAUCCUUAUGGUUCCAUCUAUUUUUUAUUUAUUUUUUGCAGGAGCAUGAAAUUGUUUUACCUGCGAUAAAAUGGCAUUAAAGGGACACUCCACUGCCCAAAUAUAAAAUCACUUUUUAGUGGAUAUACCUCAAAUGAAAGCUUACAUGCAUUUAAUAAUGCAUUUUUUUUUCGUUAUGGGUAUAUCUAAAAACAGGUUGAAAUAAAUGCUUGAAAGCCAGGGGGUGUAAUAUAAUAAUGUUAUAAAAUUGUUAAUUGCUGUUAGAAUCUGCACUUUUUUUAGAAUAAAAAUAAAUGUCACACUCUUCACACACAAGUCUUUUCAGCAAGCUAAAGUUCAGUGUUUAACCAUUUUUGAAUAGUUUAACACUGAAUGAGGGUCCCUGACCACCCACAGCCUGGCCCCUACUUGAAGCAUUGUGUGUCCCUUGAAUGCUCUUAAAUUCUCUGGGUAAAUAUAGUACAGAUCCAUAAGGUCCACCCUCCUGUGUGGGGAAACAUUGGUUCUUUUGUAAAGUAAUAGUUUCGUGUUUUAACAACUAAAAUGUGAGCACGAACACUAGCGCAAUUGCUACAUUUACAUGGAAUGCACAGCAGGUAGAGAAAUGAGACUGGAAGAUAGAUGACAAGGCGUGUUUUGGUGGGUGACAGUCACUCUGCUUGCUCAUUGUAACUUUGUUAGGCUGUCAUUGUUCCUAGAAUCCCGCUUCUGGAUAAGUAAACUGAAAUGUAUCUGGAGCUAAAAUAUCAGCCAUCCCCAAAUCUAGUGUAAUUUUCUAAGUUGACUAGCCUUCAAUUCUAUUAAUAAAUAAAUAACCAAAAAACUUGCAUGUGUAAAUAUGUUAAUAUGUACAUGAUUACAUUUAACACAAGACUUAUAUAAUCUACAAAAUAUUGAAAAAAGACAUGGUGUUUUGUUAUGAUGCUUUACUCCGAAUACAUCCUUUCUCCUUGGUUAACAUUAAGGGGAAGCUUGCUGCCUUAUCUAAGCUGAUGUAGUCCAUUUCCUGCUGCAAUGCUUAAUAUAUCUUUAUUAGAUGAAGUAACCUUAACUUUAAAUAAAUACUCUGGAUGUUGCUCCAGGCUGCAGUUGUGCACCCACCCCUUAGCUAAUGCAUUAUGGAGACCAUCCACUAAAACACAUUUUUUAAAAUCUUGUCUUUUGCUGUAAGUCUUUACCUUCUCCAUGACUAGAAAGUACUUUUUUUACACUGUUGAUUGCAUCACUUCUUAUUUAUGUAAGCAGUUUAUCUAACAGUUAGAAUGAGCUCUGUUCCCCUUUUAAGGGAACAGCCAAGGUCUUACUGAAGCAUUUGAGGAAGUAUGUUUGUCCAGUCCAAAAUCUCUCAUAAACACAUAGACAAGCAUUAAGGACUUAUGGCUCAUGCACAGCAGUCUCCAAUCUCACACAGUCCAGUUCCUUGAAGCCAAUAUGUCCUUAUGAGAAGCUUUAGUUGUGUCUUAGCAUCUUCAUUUCAUCAUAACGCCAAAUGUGCAUAAUUUAAACUUUCAAACGUUUUAAGUAGGGAGGGCCUUUAGUGGUACUCAGUCUGAUGGCCACUAUAUGCGUGUUCUUUGACUCAUGUAAACCUUCAUCUGAAACGCCAAUAUUUUACAUUAUCGAGUAAAGGGACUGCGUCUAUGCACCAAAACAACUAAAUUAAUGUUACAUUUCUAAAGUGUACUGCUGUGUAAUCGUCAAGUAAAAUAUAAUCUAGACUGACGUGUAUAAAUUGGGGACAAUGUGGUAGUUCUUUAAGCUAUAACUGCUCAUUUUUUACUUUUUUUUUUUUUUUUAAAUCUAAUUUGUAAACCUCUCCUUUUCUUAGACAUAUUGCAUCCUUCCUGUCCGUCUUCAAAUUAGUAUUAAUAGGUUUAAUAGUUGUUGGAAAAGACCCAUUUGCAUUUUUUGGCAUGCAAGCUCCAAGUCUAUGGCAGUGGGGACAAGAAAAUAAGGUAUUUGAGCUCACGUCUGUAUUUUUCAUUUAUUUUCUUUAAAUAUUGCUGCUGUUCUCCCAUUAUUUAUAUGUCUCUGCCUAUUGUAUAAUCCUGAAAUGGUCAGUGAGAUGCCAAUGCUAAUUAAAGUGACAGUGUUUUGCAAGUACCAUCUUCAGGUAAUGGUCAACUUGCCUGGUGGGUGCUUGGGUAAAAGAGCUAUACAUGAGGGACUGUCAAUUCCAGAGAAGUGUCAGUUCCUCAGUAAAUGCUAUUUUAUUAAGUGGGGUGAAUACAGCAGUGGAGGUAAGUAAAAAGAAAAAUGCUACUCUUUUAUGUUCGUUCAUCUUCCCCAAUCUGUCACCUUGAGCAUGCUUGUGCUCUGACAUCUAAACAUGAAAUUCCAUAUGCAAAUAUGAACACUUGACUUAUUCAGUGAUGUACGGUCAUAUGUCCUGUGCAUAAGGCACUGCAGGGUUAACUAAUUUACAUGCAUUGCCUAACAAAGUGUCUGAACUAAAAAUGUUUUGUUUUUUUUAAAUGUUAUUUAUUUAAAAAGCUUGGUUGGGAAGUUGCAGUUCCCCUUUAACCCCUUAAGGACCAAACUUCUGGAAUAAAAGGGAAUCAUGACAUGUCACACAUGUCAUGUGUCCUUAAGGGGUUAAAGCACAUCCUUGGCCCUGUUAUUUUUACAAUCUUCACCUCCUGGUUUACUACCAUUUGCAUCAUCUUUAUAUUCUCACCCAUUCAAAAGACCUCAAACACAGGUCUAGGGAAGACAGUCAGACCCCAAAUAUCAUCAUACACACACAAUGGUAUUUACUUACACUUGUAGAUGUAUUUUCUUGUCAUCUCAUGGAAAACUGCCAUGUAAGGUAAAAAUACAGAGCUCUGCCUUUUGACAUAAUCUCAUUAGGCAAAUUAAUUGUAUCUUUUGAUAUAAGUGUAUGACUACUUUGGUUUAAAUUCCAUUAGCACAAAUUAUGCAGUCUCAUAAUAUUAUUUUAGAAUGUGUUUUUGUUAUUUAAUACAUGUAUCAGUGUUUCAGAGUUCUGGCACUUAUCAAGAUAUUAUAAAAAAAACAAAAAACCCCUAAUAAUAGUUGCAACAAAACAUGUUUAAUGUUCAUAAUUAGGCUAGUGCAAUAUAAUUAUACACUGGACAUAAUUGUCUUCAUGAUCGUAUUCUUCUUUGUAGCCAGUAUAUUUUUUACAAUGACUUAAAUCUACUAGUUACCGUGCACAAACAAAAUAAAUCCAUUUCCCAAUACAUUGCUUUAUGUUACAUCAUCUUGUAUCUGAGAAACACUCAUUAGCUACGGAACCAAACACAUCACCACUAAGCAACAGAUUAAGGUAAUGUGUGUGUGUGUGUGGAGCAGAAGUCUAACUGCACAGUUAAAAACUGUACAUCGUCAUUUAAUUGGUAAUGCGUGACAUUCAUAUUUUUAGUUUUAUUCCCCAUGUCCUUAUGUGGCUCCUUACUUUUAUUUUCCACCUCACUUCUUUGCAUACUGGGAUAUACUCCUGUUUUUCAUCUUCCCCAUACAAUGGGGGUUAGAUUUAAUGCGUUGUAAUCUAAAGUAUUAAAACUGAAGCAGAAACCAUGGGAACUAGCAGAUAGCAUUGGUGACUCCAACCCUCUUCGAUGUUUGCACCACUUUUCAGAACAGACAUUUUUUUUUUUUUAUAUAUAUAUAAUCGACAAUAUUUUUUAACUUUCCUUUUAAGAUGGUUCAUGGUAGCUGAUAUUCUGAUGGUUUGCCAGUAAAGAGCUCACACGUGGAAAACCUACAGAAUAUAGAAAUACACUUUGUCAAACAAUACAGUUUUAAGGUUUUUUUUUUUCUUGAAGUGGCUCUGUAACACCAGUCUCCUUCCCAACCCCCAAAAAAAUAUUAAAUAAAGAUAAAAUCUUUAUUUUCUCUCCACUUGACAAAAGGCAGAGAAGCUACUGCCCUCAAGCUUUGUCAAUUCCCCCAGCCGUUACUAGUGACACGGUAUUCUCUAUGGCGGCCUUGUGGUUUGCUGGAUACUCCAUACACAGUGGUGUUGUGCUCUUAGGCAUGAGCAUGAGUACAGCAAGGACAUGGCUCCUAAAAGAUAUGUACAAUUGUCUAAUAAUUUUUUUUUUUUUCCUAAUUUAUAUUCAACAGAAUUAUCUAAGAAAAUAAACGGGAAUAGAUAUAUUCUAUAUAAAGUCCUCAGGUCAGGUGCUGCCUGUUGAGAAAGGGGAGGAUAAAGGUUACUUUGUGAUAGGGAUUAUAAAUUCAGACAUAAGAAAAGUAGCCAUGCAUAGCAAGCUAACGUCUGUUCUGUUUGUAUUGCGGACUCUUAUGUAAAUUGGUUUAAUGAAGUAGUGUACAGAGUCAAUACAACUGCUGGGACAUGUGGAUGACCCUGCAAGAACAGUGGCAAUGUAGGUAACAUGGCAUGUAGUUGUGUAUUAAGCUUAAAUGAACAUUCCAAGCACUAUAACCACUACUGUGUACACCACAUUGUAUGGAGUCAAACAGUUUCUAGAACUCUAAUAGUGGAUCACUAUUUUUUUUUUUUUUUUUGAAGGUGGGGGGUGUGUCAGAAGGCAUUUUUUAAUUUUAUGCUAACCUUUAAAAGAGCUGCUUCAUUUUUUUAAAUCAUUUUAUUAUAUCAUCUGUCUACUUUUCAAGCAUUCUGAGGUUUACUCACAAAUACCCAAUAAGUAGUAUUUCAAAUGGUGCAUGAAAAAUUUAGGGGAAAAAUUAUUGCAAAUGUGCCACAAUUUCUGCAUGAAACGUGUUAAUAUUAUUUUUCCAUUUGUAAUUUUUUUGUCCAUAACACAAUUUAAAUAUUACUCUUAAACCAGGGGAAAAUAUCUCACACCACUAGUAUGCGUGUGUUUAUCCAAUAUAGGAUAUUUAUAUCCCCCCACCCCAACUUUUGUGUGUGUACUAUGGAUCAAUCCCUUAUUUGGCAAUCAUCAAAAUCAGACACCGUGUGCUUUAUAGGGUUUAGGGGAUAUUGCCCUUUUUUUCCAAGACACAACAGUAUAUAGCGCAGAGCUAAAAAUUUGUUUUGUGAAUGAAUCCGAGCUUACCCAUGAGGUUAUGCAGCAUAAAUGAUUUCUUACAUACAAAGGGAAGAAAGCAAGGGUGUAUAAUAGUGAAAUAUUGUUACAAUGAAAUGAGAAACAAUAUUAUACACACUUUUGUGUUUUUCCCUUUGUAUGUAUGAAAUCAUUUAUGCUGCAUAACCUCAUGGGUAAGCUCUGAUUCAUUCACACAGAAAUUUUUAGCUCUGCGCUAUAUACUGUUGUGUCUUGGGGGGGAAAAAAAGGGCAAUAUCCCCUAAACCCUAUAAAGCACAUUGUGUCUGUUCACUGUUGGAUUUCUGUGGGAUAGUAGGAGAACCCAUAGAGCGCUACAGUUGCUAAUAUAAUAUAACUUUUAAGUUACUCUUAAGCGCCCGCUUUCACACACAAUGAUAUCAAACUUAAUAAUCCAAAUCGGUUUACAAUGAAACCAGUGGCAGGCGUAGGGGGCACCCCUGGUGCCUCUCACAUGGAAGAGGGUGCGGCUGGGACCCAGUGCAUGCUAUCUUCGGUUUCCAGCAGAAUGUCUAGUACGUCGCAUGGAGAGUUAAAAAGAAGGGACCCAAUUGGCCAAAAGGUUAGAGUACUGAAGUUAAAACCUAUUUAAAAAAAAUAAAAAAUAAAUAUAUAUAUAUAUUCCUCCUGGGAAAGAAUAGCUGGAAUAGGGAUAUAUCUCAGUUGUGUCAAAUACUGAGAUUAUUCCUAAAAUAUCAUAUAGCCUAUUAAGAAGAAAUCAUAUUCUAUUUCUAUAGUUACAUAAACUUUAUAUUAAUUUCUAGGAAUUCAAUAGUUGUUCCAUCAAGAAAAAAGGGAGUCAUGUUAUAGGCACCUGUAGCAACUGGCUGCAGUGUGUUCUAAGUAAACGCAGCAAUUAACAAAUUAAGGUGCCAGAUAUAGUUAUGUAGGCACCCAGACCACUUCAGCUCAUUAAGGUGGUCUGGGUGCUGUGACCCUUUUGCAGAGAACUGCAAUGUUUACACUGCAGCUCUAAUUCUGCCCUCUGUGGCUGUCUACCAGACAGCCACUAGAGGGCUUCCGCUGGACAUCCUCAAGGACCUCCAGUGUCAGAUUUUCCCCUUAGGAAAGCAUUGAAUAAUGCUUUCUUAUGGGGAGGUCUAAAGCGCGCGGCCAUUGCCACGCAUGCGCAUUAGGUCUCCCCUGAUGGCAGGGGGAGGUGCGAGGUGCGAGGGGGCAGCCUGACGCACCGCUGACGGACAUUGGCGCUGGAUUCAGGUAAGUGGCUGAAGAGGAUUUAAGGGGGGCACUCCAGGAGCCUAAUAGUGCCAGGAAAACGAGUUUUUCUUGGCACUAUAGGAUGCCUUUAAUUGUAGCUUAAAACUGUUUGUUUUGUUUUAUUUGGGGGGAGUUAAAAACCUACUUUGCAGUACAGGAUUGUAUGUAUGUAAAUAUAUAUUUGGACGUGCAAUCUACAGGUUUCAUUCAGCCCAUUACCGAUGUGCUAAGGGGGGCUGGGCAGUCACACUGUUCUCUCAGUCCAGCUCCUCUAUAGCAUAUCAUUAAGGACAACAUCUGCAAAAAGCAGCUGCUGCCUUUUAGUGUCACUUCCUCAAAAAAUAUUUUUUAAUGUUCUUGAUGUAUAAAGGCAUUCUGAUUUGCUGUCUGUUUAAUGUGGCACUGUCACUUUGAGUUUAUUUUAUGUAGAUCCUAUAUUUAUGAAACUCUCAAUUGUUAAUAAUUUGUAAAAGUGACUUUCAUUUUGAAGGCUGUAGUAUCCUAACUGAAAGCAAUGCGGAGUUAGAGAUUUUCUUACAGCUCAGCUAGUUUGACCUUUAAUUGAAAAUCCCUCACUUCAUUUAACCCUGUGUGUUUGGAAAAUUCUUUGAAAUUCCAAAACAGACAGAAUAUAUAAAUCAGAGAUUGUAGAGAUUCCUUUGUCUCCGGCGUAGAUUAAUGGAGAAAUGCUGCAAAGGACAACUUUCUCCAACCACAUACUGUCAAGUUCCAUACAAUCAAUUAAGAUAGGCCUGUAUAUUGUGUGGGUACAGUUCUUACUAUUAUCUCCAUUUCUCGCAGUUGUUUGUUGGGUGUUAAGUCACAAAUAAAAUCCUAUUUUUUUUGUGACUGAUCUUUAAAAUUGAGUCUUUGAAUUGUCUUUCAGGUCUAUGCAUGCAUGAUGGUUUUCUUCCUGAGCAACAUGAUUGAGAACCAGUGUAUGUCCACAGGAGCCUUUGAAGUCACUUUGAAUGGUAAAUUUUACAUAUCUUUUUACUAGUGAUCGACCGAUAUUGGUUUUUUAGAACGAUACCAAUAAUCUGCGAACUUUCAGGCCGAUAACUUACUGAUACCAAUAUUCUGUACAUUUACAGUUUUGCAAAAAUAAAACUUUUCCACACAAAUCUACUGUUAACUGAUGUGGAUGGCUCUGGGUUUGUAUUUAGCUCCUAAAAGUGUGAGUGGAAAAUGUAUAUUCUCCUUUGUAUAAACCUACCUUUGUACCACAGUUUGCACUAUGUUUUGUUUUUUGCUCAUGUUUUUAGGGAAAUGCAUAUGAUUUAUAUGAGACAAGUCAAGGUAUUUUUUUAUUUUAUCUCUGCUCUCCAAUGCACGGAACAUUUUCUAUUUUUGGUUUUAACCAUAUAAAAUAUAGCGCCUUACCUUCACACUGGCUAAACUUUGUUGUUAACUGAACAUGUUUAUAUAUUUAUUUAUUUUUAUGAAGGUAAAUGCACAAAAUAGUCAGAAUUUUUGUGUGUGUAGUGGAUGCAGUGAGAGUGUUUGUGUAGUGGAUGCAGUGAGAGUGUUUGUGUAGUGGAUGCAGUGAGAGUGUUUGUGUAGUGGAUGCAGUGAGAGUGUUUGUGUAGUGGAUGCAGUGACAGUGUUUGUUUGUUUGUGUAGUGUGUGUAAAAGGGGAUGGGGGGGCUAUUUUAACAUUUGUAUUUUUUUACAUUUUGUUUUAGUCCCCUCUCCUUGCUUCUUACCAGGCCAGGGAGGGGGGAUACGGCAUUCCCUGGGGGCUCCGCUGUGGUCCCGGGGGGCCCAGCAGACUCUUGCCUUCCCUGCAGCUCCCCUGUCUAAGCCACGGGGCUUGCAAGAGUUAGUCAGGGGAGCUGAAGGGAGCUGCUGGGAAGGUAAGUAAGAGUGUGCUGGGCUCCCCAAGACUGCCGCGGGCCUCUCAGAACCUGAUGGCAGCCUUAGUCUGCAAUAUCGGUAUCUUUAUUGGCCGAUACCGAUAUUGCUGAAAAUACAGAAUAUCGGCCAGACAAUCGGUCGAUCCCCACUUUUUAGCCUGUGCUACAGUCCAUGAGAUUUGCAUUCAGACACUUUUUUUUCUUGUUAUAUUCCUUUCUGUUUCCUAAUAGUUAACACUUUUUUUUCCCCCCGAGAAAUCACAAGUGAACAGUUGUGUAGAUUGUACUCUUUGCAUCUUUCUCACCGUUAAACAUCGGCAUAGAAGUGCUGAAUUAUUAACUGCAUAGUAUUUAUUAACAAUUUGGUUUAUCUUGGCUUGUCAACUGGAUGAUUUUCUUUAAUAGUGGAUGGUUGCUGAUAUAUUUUUUUUUAUUUUUAUUUUUUUAAUCCCUCACUUUUAUAUAUUUGAGUCUCCUUUUCUGGGUGCAAUGAAAGAGAUGUAUGAAUAGAAGGUCUCAAAAUUUUGUCUGCAAAUAUUCACAACUUAAUGGGUACCUGUCAUGUCAAAAACAGUGGCUCUUUUUAAAAAGCUUCAAAUUUAUUCAAUGCAUUGUCUUAACCAUUGUGUUGCUUGCAAAUGUAUAGAUGGGGAGAAAAACCUAUUGAAAAUCUUGUUGAGCGAACUCCCUAGCAGGCACUGCCCUAUGUAAAUUAAAAGGUUUGUGGGUUUUAUUUGUGUCAGAACCCUUUACUUUAUACUGUGGUGAUGUGAUAAGGAGGGGGCAAACCACUGGUUGCUUCUCAUUGUGAUAUAGUAGAAAUUGCACUGCAGCUGUGGCUGCUCUAACCUUGUACAUUUAUUUUUUUUCCUGUCUCAAUGCAUUAUCCGUAUAAUUAUUAUAAUACAGCCCUGAUUUCAUUUGCCAGUUGUAUUCAGUCUAAUGGUUAUUUUUUAUCAUUUGUAGAUGUACCAGUGUGGUCAAAGCUAGAAUCUGGUCACCUCCCAUCAAUGCAGCAACUUGUCCAAAUUAUUGAUAAUGAGAUGAAGCUUAAUGUUCACAUGGAUGCAAUUCCCCAUCACCGUUCCUAGCCACAUUUUCCAGCACCUGACUUAUCUUGUAAGUAUCACGCAACUUGCACCAAAUGAAAAGUUUUGACAUAAUGGGCACGGUUUCUUUAAAUAUCAUUUGUUCUCUACUCUUUUUCAGACAUGAAGUGGACUUUUGCGGAGGUGUCGGUGAAGAUGGCAUUUAUGAAGGCUUGCCCUGAAGACAGAUGCUGUUAGUGCAAGCUGGAGGUCUUAUUGCUAUAUCUCUGAUCCCCUUGAAGUCCUUGAUGCAAGAUUGUCAUGGUGCUGCUGUCAUUCUAGAGAGUGUGUAAUAAUAUACUGUGGAGAUGCAUUUUAUUUUUAUUUUUACACCAUUACUUCAGAGAUUCCAUAGUCCACCUAAUGCUGGCAUUACAACUUUUGUUUCAUAAUCAUGUUUUACAGUAUUCGAAUAGUUCGAGCUAAUGUUUCUCCCAAGAUUUUGUCUUUCUGAAGUCUAAUUUUUAUAAACUGUUCUUUUUAUAGUUUAAAGUGAUGCUCUAAUAAAGGUAAUAACUCCACUUCCCCACUGUUACUCCUAAAUGUCUAAUUAUGUCACUGUUCUAUAUAAUAUAUUGCAGAUCGUUAAAGUAAGUUAUUAUAAAUUAUGAACAGAAUUGAAGGCAAAUUGAAUGCAUAUUACAAUUGUAACUGUGCACAUUGGGGGUUAUAUAUAAGACCUGACUGUGGUGUAAAGUUCUAAGAGUGAUGCAAUCACCAUGGGAACUGAUGGAAUGUUCUUACUCUUUCCAUCUGUUUAUUCAGCAACUGCUUGAAAACCUUGACUCAGAAGCUCACAGUGACACUUUUAUAAAUGUCCCCCAAAGAAACUUAAGAUGUUCUACUUGAUGUGUUCAACUAGUUUAAGUAGGGUUUUUAAACUGAGCCUUCAUAUUUGUCUACUACUCUACAGAUGAUGCAAAUUAAGUUAAAUAAAAUUACUCAUUACAGUAAAAUUUAAAUUUAGGUGUUUGUGGUAUUUUUU